AUGUUUUCAACUGGUUAUGGCUCUGCUCCGUACAUGAUUGCUGUUGGUGAUUUUGACAACGAUUAUCGACCAGAUGUUGCUAUCGCAAAUUUUGGCACAAAUAGCAUCGGUAUACUUCUUAGAUUCCAAAAUGGGUCUUUUGCAAGCAAAACAGUUCUAUCAACUGAAUCAUCUCGUCCUGUUUGGAUCCAUAUAGCAGAUCUUAACAAUGAUGCAGCAUUAGAUAUUAUCACUGCUAACUACGGCACACACAGUGUAAGUGUAUUUUAUGGAUAUGGUAAUGGAAGCUUUACAACGCCAAGCACGUACUCUACAGGCUAUGAUUCUUUCCCGUAUGCGGUUGUCAGUGGCGACUUCAAUAAUGACAAGCAGAUGGAUCUUGCUAUCGCCAAUUAUGGUACCAAUAAUGUUGGUAUCAUGCUUGGGACUACUAACGGCAAUUUCGCAAGGCAAAGCAUAUUCUCAACUGGUACUAAUUCCCAUCCAUACUCGCUUGUUGCUGGUCAUUUAAACGAAGACACUAAUCUAGAUAUUGCCGUCACCAAUCACGGAAAUAACAGCGUGGGUAUACUUCUUGGGAAUGACAACGGAACUUUUAUAAGACAAACGACAUAUUCGCUCGGCACGGCUUCUCCAUAUUCUAUUGGCAUUGGUGACUUCAACAACGACAAUCGAAUGGAUUUAGUCGUUACCAAUAAUGGCACUGACAAUAUAGCUCUACUUGUCGGGCAUGGCAACGGUACUUUUGCAAGUCCAAAAAUGUAUUCAACUGGAUCUUCUUCAUCAAUCUCCAUUGUCAUAGGUGAUUUAAAUAGCGACAAUCGUUCAGACAUUGCCUUCAUCAACAAUGAUACAAGCACUAUAGGUAUCGUGCUUGGCUAUGACGAAUUUUUUCCUAUUCAAACGACAUAUUCAACUGGCAUUAAUCCAUACUCAGUAGCCGUUGGUGAUUUCAACCAAGACACCCGAGUAGAUAUUGUAGUUACUAAUAAGGAUAGCAACACUGUAGGUGUACUUCUCGGAUAUGGCAAUGGCUCCUUUGCAAAGCAAACGACAUAUUCAACUGGCUUUAAUCCAUACUCUGUAGCCGUUGGUGAUUUCAACCAUGACACCCGACUAGAUAUGGUAGUUGCUAAUUAUCAUUCUGAAAACAAUGUAAGUGUCCUUCUUGGAUAUGGCAAUGGGUCUUUUGCAAAUCAAACGACAUAUUUAGCUGGCUCUUACCCAGUGUCUGUAGCUGUUGGUGACUUUAACAACGACGCCCAUCUGGAUAUCGUCGUUGCUAAUUUUGGUGACAACACUGUAAGUGUCCUUCUAGGAUAUGGAAAUGGCUCUUUUGCAAAUCAAACGACAUAUUUAACUGGGACCUACCCACAAGCUGUAGCUGUUGGUGAUUUUAACAACGACACCCAACUGGAUAUCGUCGUUGCUAAUUUUGGUGAUAACACUGUAAGUGUCCUUCUAGGAUAUGGCAAUGGCUCUUUUGCAAGUCAAACGACAUACUUAACUGGCUCUGUCCCAAUCGCUGUAGCUGUUGGUAACUUUAAUAAUGACAACCAACUGGAUAUCGUCGUUGCUAAUCGGGAUGACAACACUGUGAGUGUCCUUCUUGGAUAUGGUAGUGGGUCUUUUGCAAAUCAAACGAAAUAUACAACUGGCUCUUACCCACAAUCUGUAGCUGUUGGUGACUUUAACAACGACACCCAACUGGAUAUCGUCGUUGCUAAUUUUGGUGACAACACUGUAAGUGUCCUUCUAGGAUAUGGCAAUGGCUCUUUUGCAAAUCAAACGACGUAUUCAACUGGCUCUGAUCCACAAGCUGUAGCUGUUGGUGAUUUUAACAACGACACUCGACCGGAUAUUGUCGUCGCUAAUUUUAAUGACUAUACUGUAGGUGUACUACUUCGAUAUGACAGAGGAGCUCUGAAAGAUAAAAUCACAUUUGCGCCUACCGAUGGUUCUCGUUUGCAAAGCUUUGCCAUUUCUGAUUUCAAUAACGAUAGCCUAUUGGAUAUCGCUGUUGUCAAUUAUGGUACUAAUAACAUAGGUGUGCUUCUUGGAUAUAGGAAUGGCACUUUUGGAAAUCAAAUGGUGCUCUCAACAGGCUUAAAUUCUCAUCCUUACUCCAUCACUAUCCAUGAUUUCAAUAGAGACGGUCAAGCAGAUAUAGCCGUGGCCAAUUAUGGUGCUAAAAAUCUUGUUACGUUUCUGGGAAGUGGAAAUGGAACAUUUGAAAAUCAAGGACGUUACGGUAUAAAUUUUGAUUUUGCUCCACUGAUGAUUGGUGCUGGUAGUUUCAACAAAGAUGGGCGUUCAGAAAUUUUCGUUGCAUAUGAUGGCAUCGAUUAUGUAGAUGUGCUUGUUACAUACGACAUCGGAUCUUUCGCUGAUGGCAUUAAACAUUCAACUGGGAAUUGGCCCAGAUCUGUGGCUCUUGGCGAUUUUAAUAACGACAACAAGCUUGAUAUGGUCGUCGCUAAUCAAGCAGAAAACACUGUUAGCAUACUUCUCGGAUAUGGUAAUGGCUCUUUCGCAAUGCAAACGGUAUAUCUAACUGGUGCUUACCCACUCUCGGUAGCUGUUGGUGAUUUUAAUAACGACACCCAUCUCGAUAUCGUUGUCGCAAAUGGAUAUGAUAGCUCUGUAAGCGUACUUCUUGGAUAUGGAAAUGGCUCUUUUGUAAGUCAAACGACAUAUUCAACUGGCUCUGGCUCAUGCUCUAUAGCUGUUGGUGACUUUAACAACGACACUUAUCUGGAUAUCAUCGUCGCUAAUUAUUAUGGCAACACUGUAAGUGUUCUUCUCGGAUACGGUAAUAGCUCUUUCGCAAUGCAAACGGCAUAUCCAACUGGUUCUUACCCACUCUCUGUAGCUGUUGGUGAUUUUAAUAACGACACUUAUCUGGAUAUCGUUGUCACAAAUGGGUAUGACAACUCUGUAAGCGUACUUCUAGGAUUUGGCAAUGGCUCUUUUGCAUACCAAACGACAUAUUCAACUGGCUCUGACCCACGAUUUGUAGCUGUUGGUGAUUUUAAUAAUGACAACCGACUAGAUAUCGUCGUUGCUAAUUAUUAUGACAACACUGUAAGUGUACUUAUCGGACAUGGCGGUGGCUCUUUUGUGAAUCAAAUGAAAUAUUCAACUGGUUCUGGACCAACUUCAGUAGCUGUUGCCGAUUUUAAUAACGACACCUUAUUGGAUAUCAUCGUGACUAAUUGGAAUAACAACACUAUGAGUAUCCUUCUUGGAUAUGGGAAUGGUGUUUUCGCAAAUCAAAUAACCUAUUCAACUGGCUAUAGCCCUUCAUCUGUAGCCGUUGGCAAAUUCAAUAAGGACACUCGGCAGGAUAUCGUCGUCACUAAUCUGAAUGGGAAAAGUGUCACUGUGUAUCUCGGAUAUCCGAAUGAAGGUUUUCUAAAACAAAUGAGACUCAAAACUGAGAAUGGAUCUCGGCCUAAGUCAUUCGCCAUGGGAGAUUUUAACAAUGACAGUCAAACGGAUAUAGCAGUGGCAAAUUCAGGCACUAACAGCGUCGGUAUUUUUCUGAGAUAUGAGAAUGGUUCUUUCGCAAAUCAAAUAACAUAUCCUACUCAUUCUUCACCAUGGUCGGUAGCUGUUGGUGAUUUCAACAAUGAUACCAUAGUUGAUAUCGUUGUCGUGAAUGGUGGCAAUGACACUGUUGGUAUCUUUAUUGGAUGGGGUAAUGGUUCUUUUUCAAGCCAGAAAACGUUUUCGACCGGUUUUAACUCCCAACCGAACGCGGUUGCUGUUGGAGACUUUAACAACGACACUUUGCUAGACAUUAUUGUUGCUAAUUAUGGCACAAACAACAUAGGUGUGUUGCUUGGUUAUGGGAAUGGCUCCUUCACAAAUGUUAAGCUUUUUUCGACCGAUUAUGGAUCUCUUCCGUUCUCAAUUUCUGUUGAUGAUUUAGACAAUGAUGGAAAAUUGGAUUUCGUCGUCGCCAACGAAGGUGCUGACAAUUUAAAUAUUUUUUUACAGACCUGUUAA